ACUUGUUUCAAAUAAUGAGAGAUCAAUGGUGAAAAUAAGAUUCAUAAAAUAGAUAUUAAUCACGUUUACACUAUUACUUUCAGUUUACUUUUAUAAUAGUAAACAUUUAUAAAUGUGGAAUAUAGACUUCGCCAAUAAAUUUUCCAUUAAAUAUAUAGUUGCAUAGGGUACAAAUGAUCUUUUAUAUCGUAUAAUGAAUGGUAAAUUGAUGUUUGACAGUGAAUCAGCCCCAGGUGGACCAUCUGGAAGACAAGUAUCACAAUCAUCACAAUACAUAUCUAAAUUAACUGGUCACAAUUUCGAUGUAGACUUUGCACAAAAAUUAAGAAUGCAAAAACAUAACAAUCAAUUGGCUUCGUUACAAAAAAUAAAUUAUCCUCAACAACAGCAUUCAUUCGAUUCACAUCAGUACGAUAAACGUUAUCCUUUACAACUUAUCUCUGGACAGUUAGAAUUAAAACAUAAUUAUUCGGAUUCUGAUGAACCGUCUAGUUUUUAUCAACCAAUACCAUCAAAACAACAUUAUUAUUCGUCAUAUCGUCGAUUUAAAACAUGUGAUCGUUUGCCAAAACAUAAACACUUUGAAAAUUCAUUUCAUCCAAAGCCGUUUGAUUCUAAUAUAUUCAUGUCACAUACUGAUCAUCACCUAUCUAGUACGCCAACAGUAGCUGGACUUAGUGAAUUACAAACAGACAAUAAAACAAUGUCUUUAACAACACCAUCGGCACAAAUGCCUACUACUUUGUCUCUCCCACUUCGAAUUUCUCGUGAAACAGCAUUUAAGCCGAUAAAUCAUAAAACUUUUGAUAGAAAUGCAUCCUCCUCCUCUUCUCAGUCUAUUCAUGAAUGUAACAGUGAAAGUUACGUCAUCGCCAAUGUCAACAAUGAAGUAGGUCAUAGUAGUAAUAACGUAAAAAUAAAUUCCACACCGAAUUUAUUGGAUUAUAUCAACACAAUUAAUUCUUCUGUUAGCAGUUACAAGUAUAAUAAUCCAUUGAUCUAUGCACAACAACAGUUCCACUUACAACAACUUAAACAGUUUCAACAACGUGACAUACCAAAUCAUGGUGAUAAUAGAUUACCGACAACUGGAAAAAACUGUACCACAAGAAGUAUGGAAGAACUUUUGAAGCGACAAAAAAAGCUAGAUCAUCUUCAAUAUUGUCUUCAAAGAUAUGAAAUAGAACGUGAAGAAGCUGGACAAGCAAUACGUAGAAUAGAAGAACGUAUGCAAGAAUUAGAAGCUAGAGCAUCGGAUCUAUUAGAAUAUGAUAUUUCUAAAAACUUAACUAAUAAUACACUAAAUCCUUUACAACAACAAUGGGGAAAUCUUACAACUAAUAUUAAUAAAGCUUGUAAUCAAAGUGAACAAUUUACAACGGAUGAUCUUGAAUAUCAAUACAUACGUUGGUUAAAAAGUAUUGAAGAUUCAGUAAACACUUUAAAGCCUACUGAAUUAGAUGAAAAUCCUGCUAAUAUAUUUACUCAAAAUAAUUACAUGUACAUAGAAUCAUCAACAAAUGAUGAAAAUGACAUUUCUAAACAUCAGACCAAAUCACAAUGUUCAACAGAACUUAGUUUUAAUCCUAUCUCCUUACCUAAUGUAAACAAUACAUCAUCAUUAAAAACAUCUACACAAGUAGAUAAUAAUAAUAACAGUUCAUCGGAGAGUAAACGAAAUUUAUUAUUGGAACAUUUAAUGAUUCAGAGACAGAGACUGGCUACCGCGGACGCUUCAGUUGCAUUGCUUGCGAAGAGAUUAAUGCUGCUCAAUACAAGUCCUAAAGUUCAACAGAACAACACAGAAGAGAAAGCAAUAUAUAAGCGAAAAGUUUCCUACCCUGGUAAUCCUUUAGAGCAGAAUAUAUCAACAUUUGACCAACUGAUAGACAAUCAACAAGCUCUAACCUACUCAAUGACUCCAAAUGUUCUUCGGAACUCUAAAAUGAUCGGUGGCACUGUCAAUUCAACAAUUCAUAGUGAAUAUUCCACUGAUAGUAUAUUUCAGUCUCAAUUACCCAAUAGUUCCGUAGAUGAUAUCCUAACCCAUGGACAUUCACCAAAACCCAAAUUUACAGGUUGGCAAAAAUCUAGUACAAUCGAACGAAUAAAUAGUUCCAGUGCUCAAUAUCUUUUAGAUUCUCCACGACUUAACAAUAGCAAUAAUAAUACUACUACCAAUAAAUCAACUAACAUUACACAAAAAUUUAAGGAAAUAUCAACGAAUAAUAUGAAUAAUAAUAUUAGCAAAAAUGAAUUGAAUAAUUUACAUCAAGAUGGUGAUUUAUCAGUUCCUAAUGUUGAACGAAGGAGAUUGCCAACACCUAUUCGCGGCGAUUUAUCGGUAUGGAAUGUGAAAAAGUAUUUACAUAAAAAUCCUCAGUUUACAAAACUUGCUUCAGAAAAUGGUUAUAUCGAAUUAGCUAACGCCAGUUCUUCUCCAACCAAUGAUGAAGAUUAUACAAAUCGAUUGUUGUAUGGAAUAUCAAAAACUCAGCUACCUAGCCGACGAUAUUUUAAUACUAAUUCAUCGAAUAAUUCUAUGACAGGAUUUUUAACUCCUAUUAACUGUUCAUUUUUAUCGACAACAACACAACAAUCAUCACCCACGACAAUAACAACACAACCAUUAUUAUAUAAUGAGAAACAUUUGACCGAAAAGCCACUAUUGAAUCACAGACCAGCACCACCAACACAACAAAACCAACUAAAACCAGUACCUCCUCUUCCACCAAAACCAAAUCAAAUCAAUAUGCAAACAUCUAUUGAAGCAACACAAGAACAUCUCAGCGCUGAAGAUGAAGAAGUCUACAAAUUUAUGUCACGUUCGCUUGAUGCUAAUGAAGAAAUGAAUUUAGAUUUUCAACCUUUAAAUCGAAAUCUGACCGAUUCCAAACAAAGACCUUUACCACCGCCAUAUUAUGUGAAUAUAAAUGACACAAAUAAUGAAAAAUUAUUAAAUCAAAGAAAAUUAUUUCCACAUAAAAUAUCAAGAACAAUGAAUAAUAAAACUAGUCAAUUAUUAAAACAAACUAUAACAUUGAAUCAUGAAUCGCAUAUACUAACUGGAUCAUUAACAUCUUUAAAUGAUACAACUAAAGAAGUAGAAGAAGAAAGAGAAGAGGAAAGUAACAAUCGAUUAUUGAAUCCAUCAACAAAAAGUAGAAAAUCAUUAAAUUCAAUUGAGAAAAUGAAAAAUCAACUAGAAGUAAAUCAAGUAAGAAGUCUGUUUGUUUAUUAUAGAAAGGCGCAUAUAUAAUAAUGGUGUUUUUCAGGGGAUACCAAUUAUAAACUAAUUUGAAACCUUCUAUACAUUAUAUUAUUAUUAUUAAUUCAGUGAACUAACUUUAAGAAUUCAAUCCAGUGAGUUCUAAUUGACCUCAAGGAAUUGAUAUAUGUUUGAAGUUGACAACCUGUAUGUGUUUCAGCGCUUAGGUGUACAUCAAUACUACGUGGUUGAAUUUAAUCUCGUUAAUUGGAAUAAUCAAAAUGUGUAGUAGAUUACUUCUAAUGUGCAUAAAUUCUUAUUUUGUGUUUAACAAAUAGGUUUACUAAUAAAUAAGCAAAGUACUUAAAGAUUCAAUGAUAAUGAGUUUUUUGAAAACAGCUUAAUUCAUGAAGGUAGAGAAUGGGAAUGCGUAUUAACUAAUUACGAAAAACUCAAUUUUUAUUGACACAAUGUGAAUGUCAGUCAAAUGAUAUGCUAAUGAAACAGGUGAUAACAUGCUACAUAUAGUUAAUAUGUGAAAAAAUAACUGAUGCUUUCAUACCUUCUAUAAAUGUACGAUCUAUUAGAGACGCAUGAGACUACAAAACACUCAGUUUGUCAGAAAUCGAAAUGAAUUAAAUACCGUGGUACGAAGUGUCGGGAAGCUGAUACUGAAUUGAGAAACAGAUAAACGCCCGUUUAUCUAUGUUAUCCAUAUAUAUUUAUUUCCAUUUUUAAACUUGAUAAUUGAUAUGUGACAAGAGUUUCCCGUGUUUAAGAAAUCCUUUGUGACCUAUGGCUCCAUAUUUCGCACAUUUGUGAUAGUUAGAUGGACAGAAACAAGAGAAACUCCAUGCUCCAUAGUCCCAAAAACUAAUGAGAGGCUUUACAGAAUGAUGCAUAUUACAAUUUUGAACAUAAGACAUGUAAUUUGAGCAAUGAAAUCUUUGCAAAACAUGAUUUGAAACAUUAAGAUCAAUGAUACGAUCCGAGAACAAAAUAUAGCGAGAACCAAAUGAAACAUGAUCUGUUGUGACAGUAGACAUACUACUAGCAUUUGAACAUUCUAUAAUACUAUUUGAGCAAGAAAUUUCCAGUGAGUCAAAUGAACCAUCAUUUAUAGAGCUAAAAAAAUAUGACCUGAGAGAUCAAGAGUUGGACAUUUUUUUAGAUUAAUAAUACAUCUAUAUUCGUUAUUAAAAUCUAUCAGUGUUACAUUGAGAUCUUGUUUUAUUGUGCUUACGAUUCUAGUACGCAUUGCAUAAUGACCAAGGUAGAGUAUGAAACAAAAUCAUCGCCUAGCUUAUUAGCAGUCUUAAAACAGCUAUAACGCAAAAUAACAUUUGAAUAGUAAAACUGUUGGUUAUUUUUCGGAAAAUAACAUAGAAGACAAAUAAAAUACAAACUUUAAUAGCUCCAUAUCCUCUAUAUUAGGAGCAUAAUUUAACCAAGACUGUAAUACAUUUAACUAGCUGAAUAUGCUGAGAGUAUUUUCCAUAUAGAUCCAGAUAAAACAGAACGAACUUUGAAAUAGAAUGGUUGAAUUAAUACUCCUAGAACAAAUUCAAUAAAAAUCAUUGGUAUAAGAUAGCAAUUGUUACAACGAGAGUAACUGGACUUAAACAAUAUGCAAGUUCACUUGAUAAAAUGUCCGAGGAAAGUCAAAUUCAAAUUUUUUUAUAAUAUCUACUCGAUAUUUCUUCUGGGUGUACAGUAAAUUGUUUCAUUUUUCUUAACCAAUGCACAUGCAUAAAAUUGACCACUCGAUUAAAUAGAAAGCUUUACAGAAGUUAUGGAGACAAGCAUAGUGACAGUGUAAACGUCUGUUAAAAUUGCAAACAAUAAACCUUUCAACGUGAGUAAUAUUAAAUUGUUGACAUUAUGGUAUAUCGUAUACCCAGUAAUAUACCCUAAAUAUUUUAAAUAUCUUGUUGGCUUUUGAAAUACAUCAACUGAAUCUGAAAUUACUUACAAGAAAGGAAUAUGUACAUCUUUGAGAUCCAUUCUGGAUCAGUCUACCUAUUUUCUUUAACAUUUCACAUUUACAAUAUUUCAUUGUCAUUUGUUUAAUUAUUUUUCCUUUGGUAUUUCAUCACGCUCAUUUGACUAUGCUUCGCAAUUGGUUUCAUGUUAAUACAAUCAGCCACCCUUAAUGAUUUAAAUAUUUGAAAUAAAAUUUAACUCAGACAUAGAGAUUAUUGAGAAUUUGAUCAAAAAAACCUAACUUAUCCGCUAAAAUAUAUUAAGUUUGCUGGUGAGACUAUAAUUUAUGGGCGACAUUUGAGCAACGCUAGACUGACCUUAAGUGUUCACCAAAUGAAGGUUAUAAACCUGUGUAAAGAAUUAGAAUUAUGAUUUACAGUUGAUGGUUAAGAUUAGGAAUUAAGCUUAUGGUUUUUAUCACUAACCGACAUUAGCUACAAUACCAAGACGCUAUUUAGCCAAAUGGAUGAGUGAAUUUGGCGUCAAAACUACGAGACCUAUUAUCUUAAACCUGAUUGGUUAGUCCAUAAAGUAUAGUCUCUCCAGUUUGCUUUUCAAAUGAAUCUUCUCAGUGAACUGGUCAAACUACGAUGCGAAGAAUUCAGAAAGAUUAUAUUCCUACAAAAUAAUUUUUCAAUUCUAUUCUUACUAUCAAAAUAAUAAGAACUAUCGGUAAUUAGCUAAUGGUCAUCAAGUGAUAUUUUGUCUCACCUUAAAAAUAAACACCAGCGUUAUUUCGUAAACGUUUAAAACGGAUUACAUAUAAAUGCAAACACUGAAGACAUUCAAAACAGAACUGAAAAGUGUUUCUUUUUUAUUUUAAAAACUAGGCGCACAAAAUUAAACGAUAUAUCAAAAAGUCAGACUACUCAUUUAAUUUAAGAGAGUACUUACAAAAUCUUCAUCAUCCAAUUAAUGAGUUAGCCAUAGAAACAUCUGAUGCAACUGUAUUGCCUGAACAACACGGAGGAAUAUGCCUUACAAGUUUACUUGGUAAUUGGCUUACAUCAAGAACUACUCGAGCACAAAAAACACCAACAGUUGAUGAAUCAUUGGAUUAUUUCCAGUGUAAGAUUAUUCUAACCAGUAGAAUAUGUGGUGGUUAUCUAUGGAUUAUGAAAAAGCCAAAUCGUCAACGAAAUAAUAACAAUAAUAAUAUAUGGGAUUCAAUAAUGCGUCGAGUACAUGAUACAUCAUCUAAUCAACUAACUAAUACAGAUAAUGAAAAGCAUAAUAAACGAAUCAUAAUACGUAGUUCAAACAAUGCAAGAUGGUGUCGUAAAUGGUUGUCAUGUGAUAUGUUAGAACAAAAGAUAUUCAUAUGUGAAAGAAAAGGAUGUGGACGAAUUGAAUGUACGAUAAACUUUACAACAAUUAAAGAUAUACAUCAAAGUAGUACAGAUCAAUUAUUAGAUUGUCAAAAGUCUUAUUCCUUAUCGCCUAGAAUAUCUCAGAAAACUUCUUCAACAUUAGUAAAUACAAAUACUAGUAAUAAUAAUACUACUACCAAUAAUAAUAAUCGUCAGGUUAAAAGUUCUAUUCAACAAGAUAAACAUACUACUAUUUUGGAUACUGAUGAAGAACAAAAACAAAAUUCAUUGAUAAUAAAAAAAUCAACUAUAAAUAAUACUAUGACAAAAAAAACAAACUGUACAGAGAAAACAGAAACAUUAUUUUGUUUAGAGACAACACUACAUACAUAUUUUUUAAUGGCUCCAUCCUCUGAAUUGACCAGAUUAUGGAUUGAUGUUUUAAAACAAGCAAUGAGAAUGGUUUCCAAUUCUACUUUCAUAAAUAAUGGUUAACAUUAUCAUCAUCCCCAUCAUCAUUAUAAUUAGUUCAGAAGAGGAAUGAGAAGUAGGAUAAUCGUCGAAUAAGAAAAAGUUGAACUCAAUCUCAAAGGAUACUCAAACAAUACUGUAUAAACUUACGAUAUAUUUUAUAACUUUGUCAUUACUAAACUAGACAAAACUACCUUCAAACUACAAUGAAUUACUUAUAUUUAUUUGUAAAAAGUAAAACAUUAUUCGUAUACUCCAUAAUAUUGUUAUUAGUUUAUAUUAAGUUUAUUUUAUAAAUUACUUUUAUGAUAGAAAGUCU